GCACUCAUUCUCACCGAGGCGAAGUUAGUGACAGUUAGGGUGUCUGAGAUCCCGACAGGUGAAAUGACCAAUCACCCAUCACAGUCCAACGGCAUGCAGAGCCUCCGGAAGGAGCACCUGUACAAAGUGCUGGUUAUCGGCGACCUGGGGGUCGGGAAGACCUCCAUCAUCAGGCGCUACGUCCACCAGACUUACUCCAACAACUACCGGGCAACCAUCGGAGUCGACUUCGCCCUGAAGGUGUUGAACUGGGACUCUGAGACUGUCCGGCUUCAGCUGUGGGACAUUGCAGGUCAGGAACGUUUUGGAAACAUGACACGAGUGUAUUACCGUGAAGCCAUGGGAGCCGUCAUAGUGUUCGACGUGACCCGGCCCACGACCUUCGAGGCCGUCGUCAAGUGGAAAGAGGACCUGGACUCCAAACUGAUGCUGGCUAAUGGACAGAGCAUUGCCACUGUGCUGCUGGCGAACAAGUGUGACCAAGGCAGGGAGCUGACCAACAAUGGCAUCAAAAUGGACCAGUUCUGCAAGGACCACGGCUUCGUCGGGUGGUUCGAGACCUCAGCUAAGGACAAUCUCAACAUCAGUGAAGCUGCGAACUUCCUGGUCAAGCACAUCAUGGCCACAGAGAAUGACAUCCUGAAAACCGUGGUACCGGACACCAUCUCACCGCAGCUCGACUCCAACAGGCAGAUGAGCUGCUCUGGCUGUUUCAAAUGAUGGAAGGAGGGACAGAGCAGGAUGGAGAGGCAGUAGGACAAAGAGGGACAGGCGCACCACACGGCCUUCCGCGGAAAUAUAAAUACCCAAGGUACAGUUUGGCUUCUUCGGUCCAAACCCAAGUUGAACAAUUUACAAACUGAAGUUACAUGGACUCAGAAGCUGCUCAUUUAUUUAAGAAAGAGUUUUGGUAACUCGUCAUACUGUGAGUUUAAAGUCUUUGGCAGAGAAACAAGUAUAACUUCGGUUUGGCAUAACACUCAUGUCGAUGCUCUUUGGCACAAUGUAGUAGAUUAUUUGAAGUAUCGUACUUUUGAAGCUGCUCCUUGUUAGCUGUCUGGUUCACUCCCUGACAAAACUGAACAAAAGGAGAAAAUACUCCCAGCGUGGUUGAUGCAACACAUCUAAAGCAGGGGUCUUGCUCAACUCAUAUAUGUUCAUCACUGUUUCAAGAAAGUGUGACUGUGUUGUUGUCCUCCCUCCAUUAACCUUCACAUAAACCUGUUUAAAAAGGAACAGUGUGGGAGACAUGCAGGCUUCCUGUAAUGUUACUCCGUGAGAGCCAAAGAAGGUAGUAUUGAUCCUACAGUACAUUGUGUAAUUAUGUGAAUUUUGCACAUACGUUGUUUUUAAUGAUCUUAAGUUAUUUCCCAUAUGCUUAUAUGUGUGAAAUGCUGCUUAUUGUAUUAUGUUGUGUUGCUUAAAA